UUGACUUAAUCCUCCGCUGCACCUAUGUGGUGCGCACUACAUAGGCAGGCUUGUUUUGUUGUCUUCUGGAAAGCCGUAAACUGAAACGAAAGCUAACCCGUCUGGGCAGUGUUAACAACUCUUUAGGACUCUAGAGAACCAGGCCCAGGAGGAGUACGGACAAAUGGCAUCCGCCGGACCGAUACUUCCCAGCGGCCGGGCGGAGGGACCGCUGCCCGGGGAGAGCCUGUCGAUUCAGGGCAGCACAGAGAAGCUGGAUUCCUCCGCUGUCAACCGCAUACUGAUGGAGUUCCUGAUUUAUUUUGGCAAAGCCGUGUUCGUGUUUUACCCGGUGUACCUGACGGGCUACCUGGGCCUUAGUAUCAGCUGGGUGCUGCUCUGCAUGGUGAUGGUCACCUGGUGGAAGAAAAACCGCCAGUGGAAAGACUCCCGGAUCGGGACCGCUAUCGACUUCGUGGAUAAUGAAAACAUAGUAGUGAGCAAGGAGCUGCAGGGCGCUUUACAAAUGGCAUCAUGGGUCCACUUUCCUGAUGAGGAGAAAGUUGACUGGGUCAACAAGGUGUUGGAGCAGGCCUGGCCGUUCUUCGGGAUGUACAUGGAGAAACUCCUGAAAGAAAACAUCCAGCCGGCUGUCAGGAUCUCCAGCCCCGCGCUAAAAAUGUUCACUUUCACAAAGGUCCACUUUGGACACGUACCUCUCAGGAUCACUGGGAUGAAAGCAUACACACAUGAAGUGGAUCAGAGGGAGGUCAUCCUGGACAUGAACAUAUGUUAUGAAGGAGAUGUGGACAUUGAUGCAGAGGUGCAGACGCCCAUCACAGCUGGCGUCAAAGGACUAAAACUCAUGGGAAUGCUGAGGGUCAUUUUAGAGCCGCUGAUUGGCCAAGCCCCACUGGUGGGGGGAGUCACCUAUUUUUUCAUCCGACGCCCUACUCUGGAGAUCAACUGGACCGGCAUGACCAACCUCCUGGACAGCCCUGCCUUCAGUUCAUUGUCUGAGGAUACCAUUAUGGACAUCAUUGCAUCCCUGAUGGUGUUACCCAACCGCAUGUGCAUUCCCCUCAUAGACCAGGUCAAAGUGGACCAGAUGAGGUUCCCUUUACCCCGUGGCGUGGUGAGGGUCCAUUUAGUGGGGGCCAGAGACCUGGUGGCUAAGGACACAUACAUGAUGGGUCUAGUGAAGGGAAAAUCAGACCCCUAUGCAGUGCUCCGAGUUGGAAAUCGUCACUUUAAAAGCAAGACAGUCAAAGAGAAUUUACACCCGACAUGGAAUGAGGUGUAUGAGUUUGUUGUUCAUGAGGCUCCUGGCCAGGAGUUGGAGGUGGAGCUGUUUGAUGAAGACACAGAUAAAGAUGACUUCAUUGGAAAGUAUCAUCUUGAUUUAGGAGAAGUGAAGAGGGAAAAAGAAAUGGAUCAGUGGUUUCCUCUGGAUGGAGUCCAGAAUGGAGAAGUCCACCUUAAGCUCCAGUGGUUUUCUCUGAAGACAGACCCCAACCUUGAGACAGAGUCUGCAGAUGGCUUUGCUUGUGCCAUGCUCGCAGUAUAUCUGGACAAUGCGACAAACCUGCCAAGAGACCACAAAGAGAUCUCAGAGCAAAGGAAACAUGGGAAGCAGCAGGAAGCACGGCUAACAAAGAGAAAUGUUGGGCCCAACUCUUGUGUGGAAUUAUCCAUUGGGGAUGAUGUACAAAAAAGCAAGGUUGUGUAUGCAUCCAAAGACCCAGUGUGGGAGGAAGGAUUCUCUUUCUUUGUGCAUAGCGUCAAAACACAGCAGCUCAGCCUUCAGAUAAAGGAGCCUGAGAAGAAGAACCAGCUCGGUGUUUUAAACAUUCCCCUGAAACGUCUCCUCAACACCUCCAACAUGAUGCUGGACCAGGUCUUCCCAUUAGAGCGCUCUGGAGCAAACAGCCAGAUCAAGCUGAAGGCCACUCUCAGGAUUAUGUCUUUGGAAAAGCCUCCACCCAAGAUCCUCCUCGAUCCUCCUCCACAUGUCAGACAACAAGGACCACAAACAAACCAGGGAGCCUAUGCCUCUGCGUCUGGCCAGAAUCCCAUUGCCACAGCCAAUUCUCAAGCACUUUCCUCCAACAACCAAGCCUCAUCUCUGUCCCAAGCAGGAGAUAUCCAGAAUGGCUCUAAUGCAAACUAUUUAAAUCACCGGCGUGGCUCCUUCCUGGCCUCAGAAGGUAGGAAGCCCCCCUCCACGCCCUCAAACAUGCGCCGUUUUGACUCCCACAGCCUGCUGUCGGAGAACUCCAUCGCCUCGUCACGUUUUGAUGUUUCAGAGGGAGCAUCAUAUCCAGAGGCCAUCAGGAAUCAUCAGGGUUCAUUUGGGGAAAUCAACUUGACUGUACGUUACGCCACCCUGAGGAACAAACUCAUUGUCCUAGUCAACUCCUGCAGGAACUUAUUCCCCUGCAGUGAGAAUGGCACAGACUCUUACGUCCGCCUCUAUUUGCUCCCUGACCAAACCUGGAGACAUCGCAAGAAGACACAUGUCAAGAAGAGGACAGUCAAUCCUGUCUUCAAUGACAAGUUUGAGUUUGAUGUGUCACUUGAUGAAGCAAAAAGGAGGAAGUUGGACGUGUCAGUGAAAAACAACAAAAUGUUCUACACACGAGAGAGAAAGGACAUUGGCAUGGUGUUGCUUGAAUUGUCACAGACUGAUCUUGUCAAAGGCGUCACACAGUGGUAUGAGCUCACACUGCCUGGGCUGAAGAAAUCCAGCUAGUGUGAACAGCUGCAAAACUUCUGUUCCAACCUAAAGAGCAACUCCUCCACUGCUGCAAGGCCAGAUGCUCGCCUGAUAAAAUGCUUGGAGUUGUUUUCUUCUUCUUUCUUAUCAUAGCAGACCAGGGACCAGUUUUCCAAAAGCAACUCUAAAACCUUACCAGAUACUGGACAUGCUUGAUGUGCUAUUGUAUGUCAACAAACAUACGAUCACAGGCAUGUACAGUAACAUGCCAGAUAACACCACUACUUAAAGUUUUUCUUUUCCCACAAAUACGACUAGAAAUAAUUCAACUUGUCUAGAUUAUUUUACACAAACGACUUAAUGUUCAACCUGUUGUUUUCCAGUUUGUGGGAGCUGAUUGUGAGGUUGAGAGGCAGAGAUCAAACUAUGGUGUAACAGUUACAAACGUUCUUCUUCACCUUAAAAUGAAUGUACUCAAACAUGGCUAAUAUUUUUACUUUAAAGAGAAAAAGGCUGAUGACUGUGAUGGAUUCUCUUUGUAUCAAUUAUGGUCUUUAGGAUUUUACAUGAGCCUUAUCCUUUUUUUAUUAUAUGUAAAUAGCUGUGUGAAUAGUUUUUUAAAUAUUUAAUGUUGUAAGGCAAAUUAUCAUGGCAAGAAGAAGCCAAAUGCAAUCAGAGUUGUAUACGGGAAGCAGAGAAGUUCUAAUUAAGCAGAGAAUAUGAUACAAGUGAAUAUGCACCCAAGUAAGGCAUGUAAGAUACCUCUGCAUUAGAGCACCUUGACUUUUACAUGAG